AUGGAUCAGGCCCAAGGUGAAGGUUCUGGGACUGUGACAGGCCAGGAGACAGGACCAAGGACCAGUAGGAGCUUGUGUCAAGAGGAUGCUGUGGAGCAGGGCUGCUCUCCGGGUCAAUUGAGGCUUCUCCUCUUAGGGAAGCAUGGUGCAGGAAAAAGUGCCACAGGAAACACUAUUCUGGGAAAACAUGUGUUCCAGUCCAAAUUCAGUGAGAAUAUGGUGACAAAAAUGUGUCAGAGUGAGAGUGGGUCCAUGACUGGAGAGAAGGUCAUGGUCAUUGACACCCCAGACCUUUUCUCCUCAGCAGCUUGUGCCAAAGACAAGCAAAGCAACAUUGAACACUGCUUGGAGCUCUCUGCCCCCUGCCUUCAUGUCCUGAUUCUGGUGAUCCCCAUUGGCCACUAUGAUGAGGAGGACAGACAGACAAUAAAGGGCAUAGAGGAGGUGUUUGGAGAGGAAGCCAGGAGGUACACCAUUAUCAUCUUCACUCAGAUGGAUGAUUUGGGGGAUGACUCCAUGCAAGAUUACCUUCAACAUGACACGUUGCUUGGACAGUUGGUUGAACGCUAUGGAAAUCGAUACUGCACUUUCAACAAUAAGGCAGUUGCAGCUGAGAAGGACAGCCAGGUGAGAAAGCUCCUCAGCAUGAUCAAACAUUUGGUGAAUAAGAACAGAGGGCUCUACCCUGUGAACUUCAGAAAUGAAGGCAAUGGAUUCCAGGACUGUGUGAAAAAAGCUCCAACUCAGAAUGGGAACAAUCCCUAUGGCCCAGAGGAACAGCAGCUUCAGGCCACAGGAUCUGAUCAGAACCCUUGUAUAUCAGAACUAAAGGUCCUGCUUGUGGGGAAACAAGGUGUUGGAAAAAGUACAGCUGGGAACAGCCUUCUGGGGAAGCGAGCCUUUGAGACCAAAUUCAGUGACAACUCAGUAACCCAGAAGCCUAAGUCAGAGAGCAGAAUCUGGAGAGGAAGGAAAAUUUUGAUCAUUGAUAGUCCAGACUUAUCCUCAAAGGACUUUAAAUCAGACCUCCGGGAACAUACCCCUUGUGGCCCACAUGCCUUCUUGCUGGUGACUCCACUGGGCUCCUUCACUGAGAAAGAUGUGGCAGUGCUGAGAACCAUCCAAAAAAUUUUUGAAGACAAAUACACUAAGUACAUGAUCGUGCUCCUAACCAGGAAGGAAGAUCUAGGGGAUAAGAAAGUAGACAUGUUUUUAACCAGCAAUGAACACCUGAAUGAGCUCAUCACAAAAUGUGAGUAUCGAUACAGCAUCUUCAACUACAGAGUAACAGAAAAAGAGGAGCAAUUCCAGGUAGAUGAACUCCUGCAAAAAAUUGUGGAGAUGGUGCAGCAGAAUGGAGACAAGCCUUGCAGCUUCAGCAAGGAAGAGACCCUGAACAUUGUCCUUGUGGGGAGGAGUGGGACUGGGAAGAGUGCCACUGGGAACACCAUCCUCGGGCGGUCAGAGUUCCUCUCUCAACUCCGAGCCCAGCCGGUCACCACCAUGUGCCAAGAAAGCAAGAAGACAGGGGCUGCACAGGAUGUUGUGGUUGUGGACACACCUGCGCUCUGUCUGCUGUCCAGUGACCCAUCAUCCCAGCUAGAGAUGCUCAGACCCUAUGUGUCCGGCAGUGAAGGGAACACGGUUCUGGUCCUGGUGCUCCAGCUGGGACGGUUUACUCAUGAGGACAAAGAGGCAGUGGUGACACUAAAGGCUAUCUUUGGAAAGGAUGUUAUAGAACACAUGAUUGUGCUUUUUACCUGGAAGGAAGACCUGGGGACCGGGGACAUUAAAGAUUUCUGUGAAAACACAGAUAAUGCAUUUCUUAAGGAGAUCAUUAAAAACUGUGGGGGGCGAGUUUGUGCUUUUAAUAACAAAGAAACUGGCCAACCCAGGGAAGACCAGGUAACAGACCUUUUUAAAAUGGCCAAUGAUCUGAUACAUAGCCAUAAUGGGCAUGGAUAUUCCUGUGCAUGGGAGAAUAUUGGCAAAAUAAGGAAAGAUGCACUGGAAAGGCCACGUUAUAUAAAAUAUAUAAAUAUAGCAAAAGAUUGGAUAUUUUAG